UUUAAAAUAUAUUAUUAUAGAAAACAUUUUGUUUGAGUUGUAAAAUAUUUCACAAUAUUCAAAAACGCGGUCUUAGUGAGCAUAGCUUCUUUUAAAAACAUAUCGUCCCAAACCCUUUGAAUGGUAGGCCGUAAGCAUCAAUUAAUUAUUCAUCACCAGUUAAGAAAGAAGGGAUACUAGGGUCCGUUAUGAUCUCAUGCUUCAUUCGAAGUAAUUAAAAUAAAUACAUAUAUAUAAAUACAUGUAGAUGUUUUUAAAAUAUGUACUGUAUGUGUGCGUAUUUACAUAUACAUAAUAACUAUACACAAUGCACACACAUAUUAUGUAAACACAAUUUUUAUUUUGGGUGCGAUUAAUCACGAUCAUUUGACAGCAGUAGUAAAAAUAGAAAUAACUCUGAAGUGGCUGCUUUGACAGACCGACCGACACAAAAAUCCCCCGAGAGCAGUUUGAUUCAUGAGCUGUCUUGUGAGCUCGCUGACUGAGCGACCUCUGGUCAGUUGACUGCUGCUUUACUAUUUUACAUAGUUUUCUCAUACAGUUUGCUUCCAGCUGUUGCACGCAACCAUAGUCGCAGAUCUCUAAUCAUUUUAAAGAAUGAGCAUAAAUUAAGAAUAGUAUAAAUAUGGCAUCCUCAAAAAGCAAUGUAAAAGAGUGUGCUGUAGUCUACAGUAUGUUGCAAAUGUGACAAACUUCAGAAGUAGGAAGUAGGAUCAGUGCAUCACAAUGAAUCAGUGCAGAACACUGUUGCAAUACUCGAUUGCAUAUCCUAACUGUUGCCUCAAAAAUGAAACUUCUGCCAUUGUUUGUUUCCCCCGAAACCGAUAUGACUUACUUUUCUCCAUGGAAAAUAAAAAGAGACAUUUUCAAGAGUUGAACUUUUCUUUGCAAUCAUAACCUUUCAAGCUUCAAAGUAGACCAUAAAAAUAGCUCUGUUAUACAAAUCAUGCACACUAUCGAUCAUUUUCUGAAGCCUGACUUGUAUGUCAUUGCAUGUAUACAAUAUAAGUGUGCUUCAAAGCACAACAAAAUAUUAAAACAAAUGUAAUUAAAAUAUGCCUAUAAGUAAACCAGCUGGGAUUUCUCUGUUUGCACAUGCAGUACACAGUAAGUUUGCAGACUGGUGCACAUUUAUGACACGACUGAAGUGAUUUGAUUGUUCUGAUUGGCUCUUGUUCGACUGCCUGUUGUUAGUAUGGUGUCAGUUUUUCAUUAGUGCAGUAUGACUAAUGUAUUUCAGUUUCACCAUCCUCAGCUGUUUGUGUGUGUGUCACAGAAUGGUGGGUAGGAAACACUCCGCUGUAUUUAAGCAGACAAUGUUCCUCAUCUUGGAAUAAUCAAAGGCUCACGGCUGAAGACUCUUCUGAGCUUUCCUCACAACACACCUGCUCUCUCUGAUUUUCAUCCUAAAACUAUAUCCUACAGUCACAGAACAGGGUCGCUGGGAGAGAUGUGCACCGGUCACUGCUCCAGGUCUGUGGGAAUGGCUCUGAUCCCCACAGCCAUCGUCUGCAUGCUGGCAAAUACACUGCUGCUGUUUCCUGACCUGAAGUAUCAGUACCUGUCUGACAAUCAUGUGACCAGAGAGGCCACGUGGUGCUCUGGGAUCUGGGCAUCAGGGCUUCUGGUGCUUGUGGCCGCGCGAGGUUUUACAACACACAACGAAAAGAACGGAUGCUGUUAUUUUACUACCGAGGUUUUGCGUAAGUUAGGCUACACAUGUUUGGCUAUUCUGGCAGCUGGCUUGUGUUUCGUGGUGAGCGGGACAGGGCUGGCGCUGGGACCCCUCUGUUUACACAACAGCACUGAAGGCCUAAAGUGGGGACGCCCAUUGAAACAAGUCAAAACUAGAGAGCAGCUUUACCUCUUUGCUCCGGAGCGGUGGCCGUCUGCCUGUGUGGAGCCUCGACAUGUUGUGGUCUGGAAUAUGGCUUUUUUAUCUGUCCUCAUGGCAGCGAGUGGCCUUCAGCUCAUUCUCUGCGUUCUUCAUCUCCUCACCGCCUUACUGGAGUUCAUGUGCAGACCCAGCUUCUGCAAGAAUAAGGUUGUUCCUGCUUGAAAUGAAUAGAGGUUCUAUGAAUUUCUCUCCAUGUGCGAAUGAGGACAUUUUGGGGGGGUUAAACAGUCAGCUAUCACUGCUUAACUUAUUUUAAACAGAAAAAGUGAGAGAGAGAAAAAAUAGAAAUGGGAAGUGGAUCACAAAGGCCAGAUUUCACAUCCCUGAAGUCUUAAGAGUGAUUUUAGUGACUGUAAACUUUGAAUCCCAGAAACACUUGAACAGAUAAUAUGCCUUGAAUAAUCCACUAAAAGCAUAGACACAAAUAAGCUGUUUCAAAUAGUCUUUAUUUUAAUAUAUAUUCAGAAUGCACUUUAAUAUUUAUGCACUGUAUAGUAAUGUAAUUUUAUGCAUAUUUAUGUGUUGAUAUUGAAAUGCUUAGUGUUAGAUGUUAUUUUCAUUGUUUGAUUUCUACAAGAUUAAAAACGAAUUGUAUGGACACUUCAUUGUGUAAUGGAA